AUGUAUCUCACGCCAAACAACAUUUCCACUACCUUUAUUCGCAGUCGACCCAUGGUUAGGCAUACAAUAUCACAGUUUAGCGAUGAUGGAACGACUUGCCGAGUGAUGUACAGACAUAGAAGUGAUUUUGACAGUCAAAUAUCUGUAAAGGAGAUAAAGGAUGCAAUUACACAAUGGGCAAGUAUGCAGAAGAGCAUUUACAAAUGCUUUCUAAAUACCAAAGUAUUGAUCCAGCCCAUUCAUCAUAAAGAGGCAGUACUCCUCGAUGAAGAACUGUCAAAUUCAAUAUUGAUGAAUCAUCCACUGCCUGAUAACUUUACUCAUAUCGGUUACUUUAUCUUUGUUAUUACAUCAAUAUUAAAAACGUUUUACAUCUGGGGCAGCAUGACAUACUGGGAAUAG